AUAGCUGUGUGUGUGUGUGUGUGUGUGUGUGUGUGUGUGUGUGUGUGUGUGUGUAGCCUGCCUGCUUGGACGCUUUGCUGUUCUGUGUCCUAUAAUGGCACUGUCAUUAGAGCAGUUUAAAUAUCAGUAGUGAAUGAGGCUUUAAUGAGGUCAGAAGGACAAUUUGAGCCCGAUCCAAAGUCACCAUGUCUUCUUCCAGCUCCACUGGACUCGAGGUUCUCCUCUCCACUCUGGAGAAUGCUGGAGACAUCGAGAACAUGCUGAACGUCCUCAAUGUGCUGGAUGAACUCCUAUCCGCAGGUACUGACCGGCGUAUUCACUACAUGAUCUCUAAAGGAGGAAGUGAAGCUCUUCUUUCAGCGCUGGUGAAAACAGCUCAGUGCACGAGUCCAAACUUCACCGUGCUACUGCCUCUGUUACACCUCCUUGCAAAGGUGGGACACAAAGACCGUAUGAUUGGGGUUAAAGCGGAGAAAGCUGAGGCCGUGUUACUGAUACUCCGAUUGUUACAGCAAAACUGUGAGAACAGCAGGAGAGCGGUGGCAUGUCUGUGGAUCAUAACCACCUUCUGCUCCUCAGUUUCCACUGCCACACUGCUGGGAGAGAAUAGAGCUCUGGACAUUGUAUUUAAAUUGAUUACCCCACCUGCUGCAAAACACACUCGCACGGUGAAGGCUGCUGUGGACGCCUUUGCCGCUCUCCUCUCCUCCAAGCAGAACGGGCACCUGGCCGUGGGGAAAGGCUACAUCUUAGGCCUGCUGAGAGUUUAUGAAGACUGGCACACGCAGGACACAGCGAACAAACAUCUCACCGUCCGUUCAGUGUUUAUACACUGCUUACACCGAGCCACCAAAACCAGCACCGCGAGACACACACUCACCUCUGAGGGAGGAGUCACUGUGCUGUAUAACACCACACAGGCCUGUUUGUCGAUGAAGAACUCUGAGAGUCUGGUGGAAAGUGCAGUCCAGCUCAUGAGAAAAUGCCUUCCAAAACUUUCUCUUCCUAUAAGUUCGGAUCGCAGCACGUACAACUUCCCACUUCCUGGAAACCCCGAGGAGGUCUGGAAGUCUGACUCGGGAGCCAAUGACGUAUACAGUGAGGAUGAAAGUGAUGAAGAACAAGAAAAUGAAGAGUCUGAAUUCCACGAUUACGAGGAUGAUUUGGAGACAGAUGUGAAUCAGCUGAAGGCUCGGCCGGACCUGGAUCGGCCAAAGGAACAGCUGGUUCAGUACGCACAAUUCUGCCCUGAACUCCAUCACAACUUCCAGGAUCAGGACCCUGAGCAAGAUGUAAACUCAGAUAACAACAUCAAAGUCCAGGACAAUAAAAACCCUGAAACAUUCUUGUCUCCAUCUUUACCUGGAGAGAAGCAGGAAAAGGCGGAGCUAAAAGGCCAAGAUUUCCAUCAUCACUUUCUAAACUGCUCUGGAAAUCAACAGGAAGCUCGUAACACCAUGUUGGACAGGCUUUUGGAGAAAUACGGUGUCUCGGUUCCUCAUCAUGAUCCUCGGCUUUACAGCUGUGCAGCCGCUCGAACAAAAUCCAUUGCUGCGUUCUCAAUUCUGGCUUUUCCUGAUUUCUGGGGUCACCUUCCUCCAUCCGAGCCUGAGCCCAUGGCUAACAGGAAACCUCACAUCCAGAGAAAGAAAGUUUUUGAAGACAUCCAGCGCCUGGUCUGUCCUGAUGACAUCAUCAAUAAAGUGGUGUUUGACACUGAAGAUCUCAGUCCUCAUUGUACCAGCAGGACACCAGCAGGCUCCUUACGUUUCUUUUCCAAGUUUGAGAACGGAAAUCUACGGAUGGCUGUUCACAUCCGCAGAUACGAGUAUGAUCUGAUCGUUAAUGCUGACGUGAACUCCUCGUCUCAUCAACAGUGGUUUUAUUUUGAGGUCAGUGGGAUGACGGCCAACGUCCCCUAUCGCUUCAACAUCAUUAACUGUGAGAAAGGCAACAGCCAGUUCAACUACGGCAUGCAGCCUGUAGUGUAUUCUGUAAAAGAAGCACUUGAAGGAAGACCUCAAUGGGUUCGAACUGGAACUGAGAUCUGCUACUACAGGAAUCAUUUCCGUCCAUGUGAAGGUCACAGAGGUCACCGCCUUUACACCUUGACUUUCACCAUGACCUUUAAGCACGAGGAGGACGUGUGUUACGUGGCGUAUCAUUAUCCGUACACUUUUUCUGGGCUGCAGUCUCACCUCCAGAUGUUGCAGAAGUCCAUCGACCCACAGAAGGUUUUCUUCCGUCAGCAGACGCUGUGUAACACACUCGGGGGAAACGUCUGUCCUCUUAUCACCAUCACGGCCAAGCCCACCUCACACACUUUCACACACCUGCACCAGCUCCGAAACAGGCCGUGUGUGUUCCUGACAGCGAGGGUGCACCCCGGUGAGUGUAAUUCCAGCUGGGUGAUGAAGGGGACGCUAGAGUUCCUGUGCAGUGAUGACGCCGUGGCCGAGAGUCUUAGAGAAUCUUUCAUCUUUAAAAUCAUCCCCAUGCUGAACCCUGACGGAGUGAUACAUGGCAAUCACCGUUGCUCCCUCACUGCUGAUGAUCUGAACCGUCAGUGGCUGAAGCCGAGUCCCACCCUCAGUCCCACCAUCUAUCACGCUAAAGGACUGCUCUAUUACCUCUGCAGCAUCGGCAAAACCCCUCUGGUGUUCUGUGAUUAUCACGGUCACUCGAGGAAGAAGAAUGUGUUCCUGUACGGUUGUAGUGUGAAGGAGACGUUGUGGCAGUCCGGCUCUCCCGUCAACACCGCUUCACUCAAAGAGAAUCCUGGAUACAGGACGAUCGCUAAGACUCUGGACAGGAUCGCUCCAGCGUUCUCCUUCAACAGCUGUAACUUCCUGGUGGAGAAGUCACGAGCUUCGACAGCUCGUGUGGUGGUAUGGAGGGAGAUGGGGGUUUUACGCAGCUACACUAUGGAGAGCACCUACAACGGCUGCAAUCAGGGCAUCUACAAGGACCUACAGACAGGAACGUGUGAGUUGGAGGAGAUGGGGAUGAAGUUCUGUCAGAGUCUCCUCACACUGACGAAAAACACCAUCAGCUAUAACAGCCGCGUGAUUGGCCACGCAGCAGCCAUCCUGGACCUGGAAAACAGCCGGAUGGACCACAAAUCCCACAACUGCUUCGAGGACGACGAGCCGGCGUGUCCCGAGAACAUCGAGUACUCGUCCUCCAGCCAGAGCUACAGCACCAAUGAGCUAAACGAGGAGACUGAUGCUCUGGGCUCGGAUGAGGAUGAAGAUGAGGAUGAGGACGCUGAAGGACACGGCAGGAAAACCCAGGCCAAGAAGUCGCCUCAGUUUCCUCACGCCUGCUGUCAGGAUUCCCACGAGACUCUAAACCUCAAGAGCAGCAGCAAGAUCAACAUCAGCAUGAGCAACACGUACCUGAGCUAGACGACUAGACAAGUAGCUAACAAGCAAAUAUUAUUAUAUACUAUAUACAUGGUAUGGCCAAAAGUAUUGGGACACCUGCCAAAUCCAUGAAGAUCUGCUUUAAAUGGGUUGGAGUGGAAGACCCCCUGCUAUA